AUGACAGUCGUGCAAGCCUCACAAGUAAAAUUGUCCCCCGAGCACCUAGGGUUUGCUCGUAUCAACGCCGCCAGUCCUGCCGGCGUGAUCGAGACCGCCAACGAGCUCCUGCAACAGAACCACGAUAAAUACACACAUAUUUCCGCGAUGUCGGAGGCCACAACCACAUCGCACACUCGGUGCUGA